AUGGCUUCGAUUGAUAAGCUGUUUGGGUCGGCAGGUGGCCAAAAACUGGUAAGUGGCCUAAGCAAGCUUUUCAGCGGCUCUUCAGCGCCUCUAGACGCUUCAAAAGUGAAGCAUAAGACAAGAACAGUUCUUCCCGAACUAAAACGCUCGAAAGACACCGCAGAUGAGAAAGAAACCGGUGAAAGUAAUGCCAAAGAAGACGGAAGUGAUGCAGUGACAAGUGGGAAAAGAACCGCUGACGAUUUGGCUGAACCAGAAGCCGAGAAAACUGCUGAGAAAAAGAAGAUCUCGAAAAGACAAAAACGUAAGCUUGCACAGGAUACUGAAAACACAGAUUUGGAGGCGAAUUACUACUCAGAGCUUUUGCAAAAAGAGACCAAAAGUGCGGAGAGCGGAGAUGUUGGUGGCACGAAAGAAGAGGUAACAAGUGUGGAAACAAGUGAAGAUUCGAAACCGGAGACAAAAGUGGUUUCGAAGAAGGACUUCAAAGAAGCCGAGCUUGAGAAGGCGGACAGAACGGUCUUUGUAGGUAACGUUCCUAAGGAUUUGAUUAACUCCAAACAGUUGACCAAGAAAUUCAAAAAGCUUUUCACUAUUGCCAAGAGUGGUGAAGGAGAGGCCGGAAGCGAUAGCGAGGAUUUGGAGACCGAGAAUGAAGCGUGUUUCAAAGUUGAAAGCGUACGUUUCCGGUCGAUUUCAUUCGAAGAGGCUCUACCAAGAAAGGUGGCCUUUGUCCAGCACAAACUGCACAAAUCGAGAGAUUCGGUGAACGCCUAUGUUGUUUACACGGACAGGGCCGCCGUCAAAGUCGCAUGCAAAUCUUUGAAUGGUAAAGUUUUUGAAGGACACCAUCUCAGAGUCGAUUCUGUGGCUCACCCUACGCAGCACGACAAUAAGCGUUCUGUGUUUGUUGGGAAUUUGGACUUUGAAGAAACUGAAGAAAACCUAUGGAAGCAUUUCGAGGGUGCUGGUGACAUUGAAUACGUGAGAGUGAUUAGAGACCCCAAGACUAACGUCGGUAAAGGUUUUGCUUACGUUCAAUUCACGGAUUUUCAGAACGUCGGCAAAGCCUUGUUGCUUGAUGGGCGGAAACUGAAUGGUACCGGACGUAAACUGCGUGUUACCAGAUGCAAAAACAUGAAGAAAGCGCAAACACAAUCUCAUAGGGGCCAGAACGACAACCUCACCACGCAACAGAGAACUAAGCUUGGGAGGGCCAAAAAGGUACUUGGGAAAGCCGAUAGAUCGACUGCCGGCAAGGAAAUUACAAUUGAAGGUUUGAGAGCCACGAAGGGUAACUCAGCGCCGGUGCUAAAGAAGAAGAAGCAAAGAUCCAAAUCCGGAAGAGUGACCAAGCGUUCUACCGCAUUCAAGAAGAACAAUCAAUCCAAAGAAAAGUAG